UGCUAACCUAUUAUCUCCGCUCUACACUUUUAUGGUAGGUCGGAAUUUACUAAUAUAAAAUAACAACUUAUAAGAACAAUUAAUUUCUUUCACAUUAUUCUGGCGAUCUGGUGUUAUAUAUUAAAAUAUUAUUUUAAGUACAAUCCAUUUUCAGAAAAGUUGCAAUCACUUAUUGGAUUUUGGUAAAUUACUAUGCAUACGGGCAUUUAUAAACUUUAUUAUUUAACAGUUACUCACUUAUCAGUUAUCAGUUAUGUAUGUUACGAGUGAUUGAUGCCGUAUAGUAUGCGUUAUUAGUGUUUAUAAUAUUUUCAAAAUAAAUUAUAAAACACGAUAAUUUAAUUAAAUAAUGGAGAAAGUUAUUCGUGAGAUUGGUGGUUCCAGAGGCACAGGACUUAAAUACAAAGACGACGAUGGAUAUACUUACUGGAAAAAUCGACAAUGUCGAAUGCACUUAACUAUUCGUUGUGCAUCCUGGAGAGCUGGUUGUCGUGCAAAAGGCAAAGUUUUUAAUAGCGACACUUCGAAAGUUUUGCUGCUGACAGGCCAUGAAACUCAUCCAGAAAACCAAUUGGCAUUAAAUAGGUUCAAAAAUAUUUGUAAUCAACGGGCACAGGCUGAACAAAUAUCACUUCGGGUCAUUUAUAACGAAUAAAAUAAUAAUGAAAUAUAAAACCGACAUUAUAAUUUUUUUGUCACGUCUGCACCGAAAGUUUAGUUGUCGAUGACGGUUGAAGCGGAAAGUGACCUUUUCCGUCCAGUGGGCAGUAAAGUGGAAAUCUCAA